AUGAGCCUCAGCGGAAACCGAAAUAUCGUCAUCGUAGGAGUCGGCUCCCUCAUGUCCAAAUCCUUUGCCAUCUGGCUCGCAAUCCUAGGAUGGAACAUCGCCUUGGUGUCCCGCUCCGAGAAGGACCUGUCCGCCAUCGCCGACGAGGUGCGCAGGGCCCAGAAAGGCAAAGAUGUCAGUGUCAUCUACCAGGCUGUCGAUGCUAGCGAGCCCUCAAUUUUGAAGGCUAUGCUUGACUGGUGUGUCCGGGAACUAGGAUGCAAGUUAGAUGUUCUGAGCUACAAUGCGGCCCGAGUCGCCAUGACUGAUAUCGCCAAAACGGCACCCGAGGAGCUGGAGAAAGACUUCAGGGCCUCAGCCGUGGGCACUAUGGUGGCCAGUCAGUGGUUUGCCGAGGGCAAUUCCCGGGUCGAUCGUAUUGCAGAGGGGGAAUGGCCGCUUUUUCUCGUCACUGGGGGAAUCCUGGAUAAAGAACCGCAACCGACUUUCGGCUCGCUUUCCUGUGCCAAAGCUGCUUCACAGACAGUCAGCCGCAUAUUCGCCAAGGUUCUGCCGGACAAGGCCAACAUCCUGGUGGGUAUGCCACUGGUUGCGGGACGGGUUGUCAGUCCGAUGAGCGAGGAAUAUCACCCAAGGGCGCGGCAACGUCGACACCGACGCCAUCAUCCCCAAGCACUUCUUAUUGCUUACGAGAGAUUCAUGCACUUGCAUUUCCACGGUGCUUACUUCAAAUAG